CUCUACGAGGCCAGCUUCGAGUACACGCCGCUCAUGGCCGUGCGCGGCGCGAGCCCGCCGCGCGGCGCGGCCGGCACGUCCGUCAAGGUGGCGGGGUCGGGCUUCGCGGCCUACGCGACGGCCGAGUGCGUCUUCGGCGAUAUUAGAGUCGAGGCCGUCGUCACGUCGGACACGGAGGUCGCCUGCGCCGCGCCGCCCGGCGAGGGCGACGUCACGGUGCGCGUCGUCUCCGGCGCCACGACCGCGGCGGGCGAGGCGGUGUUCGCCUACGCGCGCGCGCCGAGCGUAUCAAACCUACGGCCGAGCACGGCCGCCGCGGGCGAGCCCGUCACCGUCCACGGCGCGGACUUUGUGGACGCGAGCGAGCUCGCCUGCGCCUUCGGCGACGUAACGACACAAGCGCGCUACGUGUCGAGCACGGAGCUUGUUUGUAUAGCGCCGGCGGGUGCCGGCGUCGUCGACGUCGCGGUCACGGCGAACGGCGUUGAGUUCGGCGAAGCGACCGCGUUUACGUACGCGGCGACGCGCGCGCGCUUCGCCCCCGGCAGCGGGCCCGCCCGGGGCGGCACGGACGUCGUCAUUAAGGGCGCGGACUUCGCGCCCGCCGCGCGCCUCGCCUGCCGCUUCGGCUCCACAAGCGUGCCGGCCGCGUUCGUCGACGACACGACCGUGGCCUGCGCGAGCCCGCGGGGCGCUGGCAUUGUAUCAUUGAGCUUUAGUCGGGACGGCGUCGCCUUCUCAUUGAUGGGCGAGUUCGUCUAUGACGAGGACGUCGUGUUGGAAGGUCUAGUGCCGCCGCUCGGCUCCGUCGGAGGCGCGACCGUGGAACUCGUAGGCAAGGACCUGCCGUCGUCGUGUUUGUUUGGAGACGUUGUGGUUGAGGGCACGCGCACGGACGCCGGCGUUAUUUGUAGAGCGCCGCCCGGCGAAGGCAUCGUCGGCGUCGCCGCGACGCGCAAUUUGAUAGAUCCGGCCUCUUCGAGACUCCCGUUCCGCUACGUGGCCGACCCCGUUUUGACAGAUGUGACGCCGGCGCGCGCCUCGGUCGGCCGCACGGUCACCAUCCGGGGCGUGCGCUUCGCGGACUCUGACUUAUUAGCGUGCCGCUUCGGUGACGUAGAAGCCAGGGCCCAGUACCUCGACGCCACACGCAUCAGUUGCGCCGUGCCCGCCGGGGCCGGUUCUACGAUAGCGCUCGCGAUCAACGGCCGGGACUUCUUUGGUGAAUUGGCCUUCCAUGUGCUCGAGGACGCGAGCGUCACAAAGGUGUCGCCCGUGCAAGCACCGGUCGGCGGCGACGUCGACGUGCGCGUCUACGGCCAGGGCUUCGCGUUUUCAUCGAAUGCCGCCUGCCGCUUCGGCUCUUCCAUCGUUCCGGCCCGGGUGCACAACGGGACGGUGCUCACGUGCGUCGCUCCAUCAAACGAAGUCGGAAAAACGUCGCUCUCCAUUAGUUUGAACGGCGCGGACUUCGUGGAGGCCUCUCCGUUCAACUACUACGCGGCCCCUCUGAUCCGAGAAGCCCGCAACACGCGAGGGCCUCUCGGCGGCGGUUCUUCAGUACAACUGGCGGGCGACUUCCCGUCUGGUACAAAAACGGCGUGCCGCUUCGGUUCUACGAUCGUGGACGCCGCGCUCAACGGCUCCGUCGCUACCUGUGAAGCGCCGCCGGCCGCCGCGCCGGGCGCCGUGCCUCUACAAUUGCUCCUCGACGGCGCGGCCGCGCGGUCCGCGGUCGACCUCACGUAUAAGUACGAGGGCGCCGUCGUGCUCGGGUCGCUCUCUCCGAAUACGGGGCCGACGACGGGAGGCACUUUGGUCACAAUCCACGGCCUGCGCCUGGCCGACGACGCUUCUUGCAAAUUUGGCAACACGUCGGUGCCGGCGCGCUGGGUCUCCGCCGAGCAGAUCGAGUGCGCGGCGCCGCCUCAUGCAAAAGGCGCCGUGGACGUGACCGUCGCCGGCGAGGUCCUCCGCUUCCAGUACGCGGCGCCGCUCGUCCCGCGAGCGGCUUAUCCUAGUUCCGGGCCCGCCGGCGGCGGGACCGUCGUCGCCAUUGAAGGAUCGGGCUUUGCCUUCUCGCCACGCCUCAAGUGCCGCUUCGGCUGGACCGAGGUCCCGGCGACGUUCGUGAGCGAAGCGGAGGUCCGGUGCGCGGCGCCGCCGGGCGACGCGGGACCCAGGGCCCUCGCGGUGAGCGGCAACGGCCAGGACUUCGUCGACGUCCCGGCGGGCUUCGCCUACGAGGCCGCGCCCGUCGUACACGGCGUCGCGCCGCCGCUCGGCUUCGCCGGCACGCUCGUCACGCUGACGGGCGCGGGACUCGGCGGCGUGUCGGCGUGCCUCUUCGGCGACGCCUCGACGCCGGCGACGGUCGUCUCCGACACGGAGGUCCGGUGCGCGGCGCCGGCGGGCGCGGGCUCGCUGGCCGUCGGCGCGAGCGUCAACGGCGUCGACGCCUACGCGAGCGCGGCGCGCUUCCGGUACGUGGCGCGGCCCGAGGUGCUGUCGCUGGAGCCCGCGAGCGCGGGCGUCGAGGGCGGCGCCACCGUCGUGGUCCGGGGCCUCCGGUUCCCCGACUCGAGCCUCCUGGCGUGCCGCUUCGGCGCGACGACCGCGGCGGCGCGCUGGGUGAACGCGACGGAGCUCGAGUGCGAGGCGCCGCCCGCCGACGCGAGCGGACCCGUGACCGUCGAGGUGAGCGCGAACGGCGCCGACUUCACGGCCGACGGCGCGGCGUUCUCGUACGCGGCGACGGCGACGGUGACGGGCGCGGGCCCGCUGUCGGGCCCGGCGACGGGCGGCACGGAGGUGGUCGUGCGCGGCGCGAAACUGGUCUUCUCGCCGUCGCUGGCGUGCCGGUUCGCGUUCUUCGACGUGCCGGCGAGCUUCGUCGGGCCGACGGAGCUGCGGUGCGCGGCGCCGGCGCAGAGCGCCGGCGCCGCGGCGUUCGCCGUCGUCGACGACCGGCGCGUGCUCUACGAGGCGACCUUCGAGUACACGCCGCUCAUGGCCGUGCGCGGCGCGAGCCCGCCGCGCGGCGCGGCCGGCACGUCCGUCACAGUGGCGGGGUCGGGCUUCGCGGCCUACGCGACGGCCGAGUGCGUGUUCGGCGAUAUUAGGGUGGAGGCCGUCGUCACGUCGGACACGGAGGUUACGUGUGAAGCGCCGCCCGGCGAGGGCGACGUCACGGUGCGCGUCGUCUCCGGCGCGACGACCGCGGCGGGCGAAGCCAUUUUUACCUAUGCGCGCGCGCCGAGCGUAUCAAACUUGCGGCCGAGCACGGCCGCCGCGGGCGAGCCCGUCACCGUCUACGGCGCGGACUUUGUCGACGCGAGCGAGCUCGCCUGUGUUUUUGGAGACGCAACGACGCAAGCGCGCUACGUGUCUUCUACAGAACUCGUUUGCGUCGCGCCUGUUAAUGAAGGCGUCGUCGACGUCGCGGUCACGGUCAAUGGCGUGGCGUUCGGCGCCUCGGCGGCGACGUUCACCUACGCAGCAACCAACGCGACCUACGAGCUGCGCCCCCGCCGCCUCGCCACAAAGGGCGGCACCAUCGUCCAAGUGCGCGGGCCCCACCUCGAGCUCGCGCCUUCCUUAGCUUGUAGAUUUGGCGUCUACGAGGUGCUCGCUUCUGUCAAGGAGGGCGCCCUGGCUUGUAGAGCGCCGCCGCUCGAGGUCGGUUCGGUUGCCUUCCGCGUGAUGAGCGACGGCCGCGUUGUGUAUGAUACGCAGCUGGACGUAGCAUCGAUUCCCUUCGAGGCUUCGCCAACGCUCGGCGCGAACGGCACGCUCGUGCAUGUAGAUGCUGAAAAGGCGCCGUACCGCCAGUGCUGCGUCUUCGGCGAUCACAUCGUAUCCAUUGAAGAUGAUAUUUGCAGAGCGCCUCCGGGACGGGGCCGUGUUGUGCUGAGAGUGGCGCCCUGCGACGCUCCAGAUUCGGAGCAAGACGGCCUGUCGUGGACAUAUGUACAAACGCCCAUUUUGUACGCCGUGGCUCCCUCCGUCUUGUCGCCGUCCCUGGACGGCUCCGCGUCUGUCAUCGGCGCUCAUUUUGUCGACGCUGUCGAAUUGACCUGCUACGCCAAUUCAGUAAAAGUGCCGGCGCGCUUCGUCUCCGAAUCUGAAAUUGUGUGCGACUUGUCUGAGGAAGAAGGGCCGAGCGUCUCCUUAUCCAUCAGUGUGAACGGCCAAGACCGGAGCAAUGCAUUGAAAGUAGAAAUCGCGCCUCAAUUCAUAAUACACGACGCGACACCUUCAACGAUACGGCCCUCCACCAAAUUCAUCGAAGUGAGAGGCGCCGGCUUUAUUGAUAGUCGAGCGCAUGCCUUAGUGUGUGUGACGGGCGACCACGUCACGGCCGCGCGGCACGUGUCGGCUUCGGUCGUGCGCUGCCCUGUUGUUGGUCUUCAGACAUCAAUCAAGCUGUGCUACGAGGGCCUGGGCUGCUCGAAUGCCCUCGCAUUGUCCAGGAAGGACGCACCUGUUAUUGAUAGCGUGGAGCCGGCGGUCUUAUCCGUCGAAGGCGGUGCGGUCAAGUUUUACGGUUCCGGGUUUAUGGAAGAUGCCUCCUGCCAGUUCGGCGACGUUACUGUUGUGGCAUUAACACAUGAAGAUGAUCUGGUGGAAUGUGUCAUGCCUGCUAUGGCACCGGGCGCGUACGCCAGUCGCGUCGUCUUCGAGGACGUCUCAAGUUCACCAGAAACGCUUAGAGUCGUAGCAAAACCGGCCGUAGCUUCCAUCAAACCAGCCAUCGUCGGGUUAACUGGUGGAAUGGUUACGGUCCAGGGCGGCGCCUUCCCGGCGGAUUUGGAGGUGGUGUGCGCCUUCGACGGAACAAUAUCUCAAGGGAGACGGCUCUCUUCCACAAGUGUAAGCUGCGCCGCGCCGCCGACGGGCCUCGCUGAUACAGUGCAAGUGCGCGUCGGCUUUUCUCCUCAUACAUUGUCGGCCACGUCUACAUCCCUAAACUACGCCCCCGCGGGCCGCGUCGUCGACGUCGCCCCGACGGUCGUCGCUUCGGGCCAAGCCACGGAGCUCACGCUCAUCGGCACGAACCUUCGUGAUGUAGCGUGCCGCUUCGACGGCGUCGUCGUGGAGGCCCAAGUCAUUGACGCUAAUGAAGCGCGGUGUGCGGUGACGGGGCGAACCGCAAAGGCUACAGUCCUCGAAGUGUCCCUCGACGGCGCUUUGUAUGAAGAAGUUGAAUCGAUCAGUGUCGUCGACCGCUUCGCACUAAGCAGCGCAGAAGUUUUAGGAGACGAGCUCGUGGUCCGAGGGUCUUUUACUGAUUCAAUAACGAGCUGCAUCUUUGAUGGACGCGACUUCGUCGACGCGACGGUGCACAACGCUUCCACGAUCACGUGUCCCGCGACUACUGCAACGAGUGUCCAGGUCGGUAACAGGAGAGAGGCCCUCUCGGAGUCGAUGCGCAUCGAUACUAUCAAACAAUUCGUCAUUGCGAAGAUAGCGGUCGUCGACCGCGGCGCUACUUUACGACUGGGUGGUGCGAACCUUGUAGAAAGGGAGCAUCUGGCGUGCGACUUUGGUGCUCUUCAGACAUCUGUAACCAAGCAAGGCUCACAUCUCGAGUGCGCGCUGCCCGACGCCGUCGCGCAGAAAGGUGGUGGUUUUGAAUUGAUAAACGCCGGUCGGCCGCCCAUCUAUCUCGUGGAACCAUUGAUCCCAAAACAAGCGCCUCGACCGACGGUCUUCGAUGUUGUUAGAGUAGACGCCUCCUUACGUGUGAGAGGCGCCAACUUCAUCAGAGAAGACGUCGUCGAGUGCCUCGUAAGGCACACCACACUAAUCGGGACGCACGUCUCACCUCGAGAAAGGGCCUGCCUGGAUGUUGUGGAUGACGAUUUGAGUGAGGGCGUCACGAUCCGUCUGAAUGGUGUGGAGGUGCUCACGACUCCGGUGGCCUCCUCGGAAAGCAUCGAGGAAGAUACUCCGAUCGGCUUCCGCACGUUAUCCGUCCGUCCUUCGCUAGUGAGCGCGGACCAGGGCGGUAUCCUUACUGUUGCAGGUGUGAACUAUCCUUUAGAGAGAAAGCUCUUCUGCCGCAUCGACGAUCUUGUGGUGGAGGGCGAGGCGCUCAACACUACUGCUGUAUUGUGCCGCAUCCCUCAAUUGGAUCGGAUCGGGACCUUUAAUCUUACGAUAGAGGGCGAUGCUGGAGGCACGUCGAUCCGAGUGUUGCGGGACCCUUCCAUAGCGCAAGUGACUCCCACAGCUAUUGCAAGGGGCGACGUCGUACGAGUAGAGGGCGCGAAUUUUGUGGAGGGCGCUACUUUUUGCAAAUUCGAUUCCCAUAUCGUGCCGGCGGCUUUUGUGAAUACAAGAUCCAUCUCGUGCGUCGCGCCGUCGUCCGCAUCGACGCUACGCGUGUCGAACGACGGGAGGGCCUUUUCUUCUCAUGUCAACUUGACGGCGAAAAGGGCGCUCGUCUUCGGCGCUGUCGUGAGUGAAAGACGCGUUUCAGUAAAAGAUACGACGUUCUCCGUCGAGGCGGACAACGUGACGUGCGCGCCGCGCUGCACAUGCUCCGAUAACGUCUGCCGAACUUCAGAAGAUAGAGUGUGUGUCAUUAUCGAUGGCGUGAAAUCAGCCCAGAUGUGCGGCUCCUUACAGAAUAUACCUAUCGUAAGCGCGCCGCCGAACGCCGAUCGAGCGUCGCCGUCCGUCGUCCACGGCCCGACGGACGUCGUCGUCCGUGGCGGCGCCUUCGCCCUCCACCACCAAUGCCUCGUCAACGGCAGUGCCGUGGCAACGACGUGGCUGUCUCCGACGCAACUAAGUUGUUUGAUUGACGCCGCCCCGGGUUCCUACGACCUAAGCGUCAAUGGAGGCGUCUCGACUCGCAUCGAAGUCACGUCGCGGGUCUUGGUGGAGACGCUCUCUGAUGUGACACAUGUCGACGAUGUUGUGGAGGCUUCAUUAUCCAAUACGAUAGACGUCGGCGGCGCGUCGUGUACGUUCGACGGUCACACGCAUUCAGCUGAUGUUGUGGACGGGACGCAUGUCUACUGCCACGCUCCCUCGGAGGAGACGCGGGCGGAUGUUUCCCUGUCAGUCGGCGCGUUGCCACUGCACGGCUCUAGGGAGGUGUCCAUCAAGGAGCCGCCCCGCAUCCAUAGUGUCGAGCCGCCGCUGGCGCCCGUCGGCAUUUCUACAGAAAUUACGGUGCGAGGAAACUUCCCGUCCCAAAAACUAUACUGCCGCUUCGGCUCCGUGAACACGGAGGCGUCCGUCCUUUCCGCAUCGGAGCUGCGGUGCCCCGUACCUCCCACGGAUACGGUACGCACGGUGCCCUUCGACGUGGGCUAUUCGAGAGGUCAAGCUACACAUAUGGCCCACGCCUUCGCCUUUUACCGCCAGGCGCGCCUUGCUUCUGUCAAACCACGAUCCGCGUCCAUUGGAUCCUCCAUCUCUGUACAGAUAGCGGCGCCCGACAACUUACGUUAUCCGGCCUUCGCGUCCUGCAAAUUUGGCGAUAGAAUAGUCGAGGCCGCGCGGCCGUCGUCGUCGGAAUUUGUUUGUCAAGUGCCUCCCCUACAACCUGGUGCUUACGAGUUAGCGGUGGCGCUCGACGGCUCGACCUUCUCGCAAUCUAUGCCGUUCUACGUCGUCGAAGCGCCGUCAGUUCUGAAGGUCGAGCCGUCGUCCGCUUCUGUGAGAGGAGGCGCUUUCAUCGAAGUGAGCGGCACCGUCGGCUCGUUGCUGCAUACGGCCUGCGUGUUUGACGGUGUUGUGUCGCGAGCUCUGUCGGAGACGAACGGCAGCGUGACGUGCGUCGCACCGCGAGUCCAGGCUCCUCAAACCAUCCAAGUUCGAUUGGCCGUCCACGGUUUAGUGAGUGAGACCUCGGCUCCCUUCACCUACGUAAGGCCACUCUAUUUACAGAGUGUCACACCAGUGCGCGCGCCGCCGCGGGCUCUCAUUCAUUUGGAGGUGGACCACGCUGUUGAUGGAAAGUGCCUCUUCGGCGACGUGGAGACGGCCUUUAACGGACUGGAGUGCGCCGUACCUAGCAUACAAGGUGUGGUGGACUUACGAGUGAAGACGGGAAGUGACGUCUCGAACGCGAUCCAUUUCGAAAUUCUCGAAGCUGUUUCAUUGGAGAGCGUCCUGCCGCACACGGGGCCGACGACCGGUAAUACGGCACUGGUCAUACGAGGCACGGGCUUUGCGAGGCACCAUGCUGUCGAGUGUCGCUGGAGGAGGGACGGCGCUCUCAGCAGAACGAACGCCACGGUCUCCACAGAUGUAAGGUGUCUGACGCCUGCCUUCGCGCAGGGGCCCGGGGUCUACGACCUCUCCUUGACUGUCGAUGGCGUCGAGAGCGAAUCUUUGUUUUUUGAGGUGCGAGAUACUCUAGAGCUGCUAGACAUGGACCUCGACGUGUCGACGGCGCUGGGCGGCGCUUCUACCUUGAUUCGAGUGAGGCAUUUGGAGCUGCCCACAUCAGACGCGGAGUGUCGCUUCGGCGGUGCGACGGUGCCGGCGACGUAUUGGGCCGCGAACGUCGUCCAGUGUCGAGUGCCGGCGCAUGCCGCUGGAAAGGUGAAUGUGAGCGUCUCGCCCGACGGCGUGCAUUUCUACGGGAAUUUACAGAUAGUUUACGUGCCGGAGCCGCCUUCAAUUAUUGAAAUCGUCCCUUCGACAAUUUACGACUCGAACGCGUCGAUAGCAUUGGUCGGGAGCGGGUUUACUCGUUCAAAGCGGUUAACGUGCCGCUUCACGGGAGACGAGGUCACGGAGACGCCAGCGUCUUAUACUGGUGAAGGCGCUACUUGUCAAGUACCAUCAUCCUCGUCCCUUGUGCAAGCAUCUGUGGACGGGAUACAUUGGGGACCCGGCGUGCGAUUGAUUGUAUCAAAACCGCCCGUCGUAUCAAUGAUGGGGCCGGAGGGCGGGCCGGAGAGUGGCUCAACUAUUUAUUUGGAGGGCGUUAAUCUAGCGGAGGCAGCAACAGAGUCUGCAAAGUGCCGCGUCGGCUCUACGGAGGUAGACGCUGAUAUCAAUGAAGACGGCGUGGCGUGCCGCGUGCCGGCGAUGGCGCCCGGGACGGUUCCCGUGCUCAUCUUGCCGAACGGCCGGGACGUCAUACAUACGUCGUCGUACACCGUAAAGCCGCGCCCAGCCCUACUAAGAGCGGAACCCAUGAUAGGAACGAUGACCGGCGGCCAUCUGAUAACGGUCCAUGGGUCGCGGCUGGCGUCCCUCAAAAGCGCGCGGUGCUCGUUUUCCGGCGUUUUAUCCGCGGCCGAAGUGAUUAAUGGCGGCCUGCGGUGCGUCCAGCCCCCGCUGGACGAGGGGACGUAUUCAUUGACAAUCGACUCGGCGCUCGGUCUACUCGAGCCUGUACUAAGGUAUGAGGUCCUUUCUUCGGUCAGAGUUGAUUCGCUUGCACCUUCAUAUGGAUACGCUUCAACAAUUGUCGAAGUCGCGGGCCGCUUCAGUGACUUAGAAGCGCCGCUGACCUGCCUCUUCGGUUCGAAUGAAGCGAACGCGUCCCUCGUGUCUGACACGUUACUUAAGUGUACUGCGCCAGAAUCUUCACCAAAACGCGUCUCUCUACGAAUCCGGGACGCGCGGGGCCGCCUGUCCGAGGGAAAGACGUACCACUACUUAUCACCGAUACAAAUCCACGCCGUGGCGCGGGGCGAAGCUGUUGAGGCAGGUAAAGAUGGCGCGCUCACGAUUACUGGCCUCGGCUUCCCGGACACGCCCCAACUCGCGUGUCGAGUCGACGACAUGCUCUACGACGCGACGUGGAUGGCCUCCCACUUGUUAGUGUGCGCCAUGCCUCCCUUGGCCGCGCAGCAAACAAAUUACACCGUUUUCGUCACAAGUAACGGCGUCGACUUCGUACCUUAUCAGGGUAUUAUCGAGGCGGCGGGCAUGGGACCGAUCAUGCAGGAAGAUACUGUAGAGGACGCAGAGGAUCCUGUCCAAGAGACGGGUGUCGUCGUCCUCGCCGUCGCGCCCCCGAGCGCGCCGGCGUCCGGCGGCCAUUCUGUGAAGAUACACCUCUCGGCACCGCUCCAAGGUGUCGUCGCGUGCCGCUUCGGUGCCAUCACGCGACCGGCGCGCUUCAUUUCCGACGACGUGGCCACUUGUGCUACUCCUUCACUUAGUGGAGACGUACUGUUCAGUUUUGAAGAGGACGAUACGGUUAUCCCCUUCGCCAACAGCGAUGACAUGCUGUUCACGUUGCGAGGGCGGAGCCACGCCAUGCGCCUCUCGCCUUCACAGGGUGACGAGGGCACUCUCGUCGAAAUCGACGUCGCUUCUGCAAACACGGGCCCGGGCCGGUGGCGCUGUAGGUUUGGCGAUAUUGUGGUAAGAGGCCGAGUCGUCUCGACCAACAGAGUCGCGUGUCCCGCGCCGGCUGGUCAUGGCACAGUAAAGGUGACGGUGGCCGGUCCGUUACGAGAUGAUGCCUUUGGCACCUCCGACGCGGCCUUCACGUUCGUGGCGGCGCCUCGUGUACUCUCCCUCUCUCCUAUCAUGGGCUGGACGGCGGGGGGCUACGUCGUCGACGUGCGUUUGAGUCAAAACGUUCAGAGCUGUAUGUGCCGUUUCGACGACCUAUCUGUGGAAGGCACAGUUAGCGAUGACACGGUGCGGUGCCGCGCGCCUCCAUUAAAAGAGGGCACUACGUCGGUACGAGUGACCUGCGGGACCGGCGUGCACGAGCUACGAGUGAGGCGGCCGGCCGAGGCGUUCUCCACUCAACCAGCGAGGGGCUCGGAGCGCGGCGGCAGCCUUAUUUCGAUAAAGGGCAGGAACUUCCCCAACGUCGCUUCUCUACAUUGUGUCUUCGGCGGCGUUUCGGUCCCAGCUAGAUGGGAGUCUGACGGAAGAGUGACGUGCGCGGCGCCCUCCCGGGGCUAUCCUGGUUCUGUGGAUGUCACAUUAGUAAGUGACGGUCUACCUGCUCAUACGACGACAGCUACGUACACCUACACGCAACACAGCGUCGUGGACUCCAUCACUCCUGGGCGUUCCUCGCAUCUCGGCGGCGAGCUCGUAUCUGUGAGAGGCGCCUUCUUCGACGCGUCCGCGAAGCUGCGGUGCGCCUUCGGCGGCCUCCAGGUGCCCGCUUCACUGAUUAACUCUACUCUGUUGAAGUGCGCGGCACCGGCGAGGCCGCCCGGUCUUGUAUCACUACAGAUCCUCGUGGACGGUCUAGUAGCAAACGCCUUCGAUUUUGUGUACGAACUGACGGCGACGGCUUAUGGUAUUGUACCGACGCUAGGGCCCGCGCUCGGCGGCGGCACUAUUUCACUGAUAGGCGCCAAUUUCGACGGUAAAACGAGAUGCUGUAUUAACGAAGUCGAAGUCGCGACGACAUACGUCUCAUCGACUCAAUUGCGUUGCGAGGCGCCCCCGCGCGCGCCUGCCACGAUCGUACGGAUCCAUGUCUGUGGGGACGUCUCGAAAUUCGACUACGAGUACUUUCGACCGGCACUGGCCCUGGGCGCCUCACCAGCCAUGGGCGCCGAGGAGGGCGGCACCAUUGUCGAAGUGAAGGCGGCCUUCGACGCCAACGACCAAGGGAUUGAUGUUAUGUGUCGGUUUGGUAGUACGGCAGUGAACGCGUCGCGGCUCGACGACGUCGUACGGUGCGUGGCGCCGCCGCGUCGAGCGAUGGACGAAGUCGUACGACUGGCGGUCGUCUACGACGCUAAUGAGUACGUGGAGGAAGCUACUUCAUUCAGAUACGUGAAGAACCUGCGAAUUACCUCUAUGAGCCCCUUGAAUGCAUCCCUACGAGGCGGUUCGGUGGUCAGGGUCGAGGGCAGCGGCUUCGACGUCAACAGCGAUGUCGUGUGCUCCUUCGGCGGCGUCGAGGUGGAUGCUAUCAUUUUAGAUGCCUCGUCACUCGGUUGCGUCGCGCCACCAUUUGGCUUUGCUACAACGACGUGGCUGAGUGUCGAGUCGCGGUUCCAACCUGCGGCGAACAACCGAGUCGUCUUUGCGUAUGUCGACGAUGCUAUUGAUCCAGAGCCACCUCUGGAACGCCUCCCCGUGGUCCAUGGCGCUUCACCGGUGAUUUUUGGCUCGUACUCUAGAGCUUCCAUCAGAAUUACUGGCGAGCACUUCCUGCCUGAGACGCUAUGUCGUUUUGGGGAUCAAGACGUCGAUGCCACAUAUGUAUCUGAUACAGUCUUACUGUGCGAGGCGCCUCCUCGUAUUCCCUCUGAUGUUGAGCUGAGAGUUUCUGUUGACUCUAUACAUUGGUCUCAUACAAGUGUGAGAUUGACCUACGCGCGCGACGCGUCGAUCAUCGACUUUGCGCCGUCGUCAGGACCGCUGCGAGGCGGUACUAGAGUUAUGAUAACAGGAAGGCACUUCCACGGGCCCGCCACAUGUGUUUUUGGCGAGAUUGAAGUGUACGCCUCGAUCAGAUCGGAUACUGAACUAGUAUGUGUGGCUCCCGCCGUGGCGCGACCAAUGAAGGCAGCCUUGUCUGUUGAGAUGGGCGGCGUCGCCGUCCACGCGCCUUCGCCGUUUGCCUACGACUACCCACCGGAGAUCGAGUCGAUCGCGCCGCCGUCGGGACCCUCCGGUACUCGAGUGAUUCUGCGAGGGAGGCGCUUCGGUGAUCGUAUCUGGUGCCGCUUCGGUUCCAGUGAAACGAGAGGCGCCGUGCUCACGCGUUCAAGGGCCUAUUGCGUGACACCGCCCCACACGAGCGGCGACGUCUCUCUAGAAAUUUCAUUAAAUGGAAAUGACUACUACGGGACGCACGCGAGAUUCACAUAUGAACCAGACCUACUGAUAACAAGUGUCUGGCCGGAGAUGGCCAUGGGGACGCUGGGAGGUACUACAUUAACUGUGAGAGGCACCGGGUUCCGGGAAACGCUCGGGUUGUCGUGCGACCUCGACGGGACACGUUCUAGAGCCGAAGUCGUUAGUCCAACAUCUAUUGUCUGCAUGGCGCCGCCCCAUAAAGCUGGAUUGGUGUCGUUGCGAGUCUCGCUACACGGCAACGACCACGUCUCGAAUACUCUACAAGUACUCUAUGUUGAUGAACCGCGGGUCAUCGAGGUCUUCCCCGACCGCGGCCUGGCGACGGGCGGCUACGCGCUCUUCGUCGAAGGGACGAAUUUCUGGAACACCAGUUCUAUUAAAUGUGAUUUGGACGGCUACAAGGUCAAGGGCCGCUUCGUGAAUCCCAGGAUUAUUGUUUGUAAAGCACCUAGCUUCGAGACGUUAACAUCCUCGAGGUCACGAAGACACGUGCCUACGACGGCAUUCAGUCGGAGAGAGCUGCGGACGGGCGAUCCUUCCGAAGAUUCGGAACUGUUUGAAUUCGGCAGCAAGCUCCCGUACGUGGCGCGCGUGCGCAUCACGAUCAAUGGCCUCGACUACGGUACUACUUCGGGUCUGUUCGAGUACUACGACGACGACUUACCUUGGGGGCAUUACGUACAAGAUGAUCAUGUGCAGCCCUGCCCGCCCGGCACGUACUGCCCACAAGGUCGAAAUACGAACUUCACGCUCUGUGCUCCGGGGACCUUCCAGCCGAGGCAAGCGCAAAGGUCAUGUGUGGACUGUCCCAUCGGCGCGCGGUGCCCGGACCACGGCAUGCGGUGGUUCCGGAAAUGCCCCGCGGGCUUCGCCUGUGUGUCUUGGGGCACGAAGGAGGCCACGACUCUCUGCCCGGCCGGCCAUUACUGCCGGGAGGGCGUUCUUACGACGAAUCCGCGCCUCUACGACAAUGAUACAAGGUGGCGUCGCGACAACGAGACCGGCGUGGUCGUCGCGUCGCCCCAGAUGUCUGCUUGGGUAUUGCAACAGCGACAGUCGAAGGCUUUCAAAGUGAGAACUCAAACACCGUUUUCGUGGAAUGAAUCGGGCACGCAAGGCUAUCGGCCGCCUUCGUCCUUCUCCGAGUCUCCAUACUCGUCACAGCAAGUAGUGUAUGCGCCGGUACCGUUUCCUUGCCCCAUCGGCCACUACUGCAAGCAGGGGGCGUCUUCACAUAUCCCGAUUCCGUCGAACUUCUCGACGCCGCAACGAUGUUAUGACGGGUACUUCUGCCCCGCUGGUUCAGCGACGCCCGAGGGUUCCGGAGCAUGUCCUACGGGCCACUUCUGUCCGACGCCGGUCAUGGCCGCGCGGUGUCCGCGCGGCCACCACUGCCCCGGCGUGGCCAAUGUGUUCCCGCGCGAAUGCGCGCCCGGGACCUUUAACGGCCUCGAGGGGAUGUCGAAUUGUACCCUAUGCCCGACCGGUCAUGUGUGCCCGGGCUGGUCUAGGACACAGCCAGAAAGGUGCCCCGCGGGCUACGUCUGCAACGCGCUCGGCCAGUCGCAACCGGUGCUCACGUGUCCGGAAGGUUAUUUCUGUGGAGAAGGCACGUUAACUCUCGACCCGGCCGACCCGACACCUCUCAGACCCCAGCCCUGCCCGCCGGGCACGUUCUGCCUCGGCGGUGUGGCGCACAACCUCACGACGCCGUGGAUCCCCGUCGAGCCUUCGGGCGUGUCCGCGCCGCAGCGCUGCACGGAGGGAACUUUUUGUAGAGAAGGUUCUCCGACGGCGAUCGGUUCGCAGACGUGUUAUGCGGGCCAUUAUUGUCCGCCGGGGUCUACUUAUCCAGUGCAGGCACCUUUAGGGUCUUUUAGUGAUGUGGAAGGAGCAGUAGCACCAACGACGUGCUUCCCGGGCACGUAUGCCGCUUUGACGGCGGCCCACGCUUGUGUGGUGUGUCCCGCCGGUUAUAGUUGCCAGGGCUACGGGACGUACGAACCGAAGAUCUGCGAGGCGGGCACUUACCGAUCGCUGGCCGACAGUGUCACGUGUCGCCUAUGUCCUCCGGGCACCUAUUCGACCGUAAACGGUUCCACAGACAUCUCCUCAUGCCUCCCAUGCCCCGAGGGUCGAGUCUGCGGGGACCAGGGGAUGUUCAAUUUGACAGCUUCCGAUAGAUGUCCCGAGGGCCAUUCCUGUGGAGUAGGAACAGAAAGAGGUACGAUGUUCCGGCACAAGUGCCCCGGGGGCACGUAUUGUGGCUGGGAGACCUUGCCCCAAUAUCAAUACGAGCUACCUUGCCUCGAGGGGUUCUACUGCCAGCGAGGCACGACGGCGCAGAUGAGACAGAGGGAUAGAUGUAGGGUCGGCUACUACUGCCCCCCAGCAACCGCCGCAGCCAGUCACCCCGAGACGCGGUGCCCCUACUUCACGACAAGCACGGCGGCCGUCGGCCAGUCGCACAUCUACGACUGUUUAAUUGAUGUGCAGCACGUGUGCGACAAGAAAUUGGCUUCUGAGUUUGACCCCUUCGACGAGCAGCGCUACUACCGGGAACUUACCUACUCCAUUUUAGACGGUUCGGGCGAGCAGACGACGGUCGGCGGGACGGGCGAGGGCGAGGUGACGGUCGUCGCGAAAGUCAGUGACUCAGCGUCCGUUUCCUUCAAUUUCUCAACUUGAACUUCGCGUCGAUGGCGUCAACGCGACGCUGUGCCACCGUGACGCCGUCGACGCGGCCGUGCGAGCGUCUACACGUCGCGUGAGGGAGCCGCGGCAGUUUCGCGACGCCGUCGAUCGACACAGGUCAUGCCCGUCAAUAUCUCGGCGUUGCAGCCCAAUUAUACGGCCCCGAACUACGUCAAUGACACGGUCGAGGUCUUCCGGACGUGCCCCGAAUACAUUGACCAAAGGGGCGGGCAGGACAUCACCGUAAUUGGUCGCAAUUUCUUCGACACCGACUUACUGCAGUGCAAGUUCACGGCCUGUAGAAGCAAUUCAUCGGUAGCGACGCAUCGCGAAGAGCCCCAGAUCUGCGCCGUGCCGAACCAACACACGGAUAGCGAAGGGACGCCGUCCGCGACGCGGUGCGGCGACACGUUCGUGCGGGAAAACUCCGAGGAAAUUCAAGCUAUUUGGGAAAAAUUACCGUCCGCGAAGGACAAGGACAACAACUGGGUCUGGCCGCGCACGAACCAGGGGGCAAGCAGCCCGCGGUGUCCGGACGGCCGGACCGCGGAACAGGGCGAGGGCCAGGUGUCCGGCGAGGACCAGCCGACGGGGCCCGGCCACGCUAGAAGGCAGUGCUCGGAGAAGGAGCAGUUCUUGAUGUUCGGGGAUAAGGACGUGGAGUGCGACUUGCUGCCGGGCGUUUCUCCGAAUGCCUUUGGUGGUCAGUGACUCAGCGUGAAAAAUGAGCUUCAACUUGACGCGGUCGGCGCGACGGCGUCGGCGCGAUGCCGCACCGCCUCGACGCCGUCGAUGCGGCCGCAUGAGGGAGUCGCGGCCGUGUCGUGACGGCGUCCGUGCCACACAGGCGAGCCGAGACCUUAUACCACAUCAGAGACCGGUCGUAGAUAUGUGCCGCAGAAAUAUUCCUGGAUCGAGAACAACUGGGUCGACGGCGGCAAUCCCCUUAGGGUUGUGGCGGAUCGUAGCAUUGUGGUCGAAGCGACGUAUGUGUCCAAAACUCGUUUAACAUGUAAAGCACCGUCCUUCGACUUUCCGACGCACGAGGAAGUCGCCCACAAGUUCCGCACGAGUUGUUUAUUUGACCGGUUUCGACCGGGGCCCUGGCCCCUGAAAGCGCCCAUUGAUGCCAAUGGAGACGAGUGCCGCGGGCCCGUCGACGAUUGGCACCCGACGUGCAAAGCGGAGUAUCCUUCCGGAAACCCGACGAGUGGCAGUCGCACGUCCGCCUCGGGCAUGGAAUGGCUGGGCCCGGACGAGGGCGGCAACCUGGCCUCGGCGCCGGGCGAGGGCGUCCGCGUCGUCAAAAACGACCCCUUUCCGAAUCCCCAGCAACUAGAAAAUCCCGAAUUAUUUUGUGAGGAGGGCCAGGUCUGCUGGGAUCCUUCGCCAGCUUUUGAGGGGAACGGGCUGGCCUAUCUGCAGGCGUGCGCGGAGCCGUCGCAGGACUGUCGGGUCUUCUGCGCGGACCAGUCGGCGACCUUUACGACGCUCUGUAAAUUGGGCGAGAGAGGAGAAGUCAACAACCACUGCAUGCAGAUCCCCUGCCCGGACCUGCUGAAGACGCAGCCCGAGGCGAAGUACGGUUUUAGAUUAGUGCUGACUCGGCGUCUUUUCUCGCGUUUUCCGAACUUCAACUUUGGGACGAGGGCGUCGUCGUGGUCUCACGUCACCGUGGGGCCGUCUUCAUGAUCAUACGAGGGUCUACGCGCCUCCCGCGGCCGUGUCGUGACGGCGUCGGUGCCACACAGGUGCACGAUUUAGUGUUUGCGGUGACGGCCAACGAACUGGCCCAGGAGAACAAGUACAAGGAGUUGUUGCGGGGCCCCGACCACCAGGAGCGGACGAUCAAUUCGAACUACAACCGAUGGAACCCGUGCGUCACUGCCGAAGUUUCUGUCGACGUGACGAAUGAUGGCACGCACUGGUGCGCGCGCGGCGUCCCUUCACUUCACUGAUACGACUCGUCUCCAUGAGACAAGGUCUCUUGUCCAAUUUUGAGCCGAUUCGGACCGCGUCGGGGCCGCGCGGCGUGCCAGAGAGUACGCAUUCAUGAAGAUGGCGUCGUCGCGAGACCAUGGUUUCCACGCAGGUCUUCCGACCUGACGAGCGCCUACGCCUUGCUCGUGGAACCGACGGAGAAGUACAUCAACCAGAAGACGCACCCGCAAAAACAUUUUGUUCCCGGGACGUGGUCAGUGACUCAGAGCAGAAAAUGAACUUGAACUUGACGCGGUCGCGGCGAUCGCGACGCCGCGUCGCCUCGACGCCGUCGAUGCGACCGCAUGAGCGCCUACGCGCCUCGUGAGAGAGUCGCGGUCGUCUCGCGACGGUGUCGUUCCCACACAGGGCGGUGCUCACGUACGUGCGCCAGGACCGCUGGGUCGCGGACCAAGGGUCGUUAGACAUGGACAUCAAGCGCUGCUCCCACUUCCUCGUGCGGGAGGAGGGUAAUCAUACAAGAGAGGAGGGCUGGUACUUAUUAAGAGGCCUCGAGUCGGCGAUGCUCAGUUUCGAUUUCCGCCACCUCCCGAACGAACUGAUCUAUGACGAGCACUACCGCUUAGCUAUAUUUGUGAGACCGUCUAGGUGCGUGGAAGAAGAAUGCGAUGCAGCUAGAAACUUCCUGGGCCCGAAGGAGCGGUACCCCUGCCGCCAGCCGAUCCACCUGUCGAACUGGUGCUGACUCAGUGUUGAAGUUGAACUUGAACUUGACGUGGUCUUCAUGAUCACCAGGGCGCCCACGCGGCUCGUGAGAGAGUCGUUCCCGCGCAGGUUCCAGGAUUCGAAAACGCCGAAAAACGUUUUAUUUAACAUGACAUUGAUAGCCCUCGACGACGUCAUUUUUAAAAUAGAAGUCCACGUCCUGAACGGCAUGUGGCUCCCGGCCGUCGACUUCUUUCGCAAUUCGGCGACGGUGCAAAUCACAUCUCCCAAGAGGGCGAGGCACCUCGACGAGUACACGCAGAACGUCCUCGAGGAGGAGACGCGCUACGACGACGUGCGAUCUCGGCGUCCCGUCGUGUUGUGGUGCCUUCACGCCGUCGACGCGACUCGUCUCCGUCAGCUGAGGUCGUGGGUCGUUUUUUUGUCGAUUUUGAGUCUCUGGAAGACGUCGGGGCCGUCGCGGGGUGUCGGAGAGACCGCGGUCGCGGCGACGCCGUCUCCGUGAUCGUCGGAGCGUGAAGAGUCUCGCGACGGCGUCCGUGCCACGCAGGUCGACUGGCUGACGUUGAUGAUGAUUUAUAGUGGCACGGGGUCGUUCUUCAAUUUAAAUGAUAAGGUCCGUGACGCGGCGUCUUCAUUGACCUUGAACUUGCCGGGGUCGUCAUGAUCCCAGGAGAGUCUAUCCGUGCCACGCAGGACAAGAACAAUCGGCCCGGGCCCGACGCGGCGGAGCUCUAUAAAACGCCCGUGAAGGAUAAACUAAGACGUAAAUUGUCGCCCUACGUCAGUUUUGAAGAAAGGGACACGGACCUGUUCCACAUGUGCCGAGUCAGCGUCGUGAAUGAACUUGAACUUGUGACGUGGUCGCUGCGAUGGCGUCGCUGCGAUGGCGUGGUGCCUCGACGCCGUCGAUGCGGCCGUCAGAGAGCCUUCGUGAGAGCGGCGGCGCCCGACGCGGUCCGAAUCGGCGGCCUCGUCUGACGAAGACGAGUCGCGUCGACGGCGUGAAGACCGCUCGUGACGCCGUCGUCGUGAUCAUGAGAGAGUCUGCGCGCCUCACGAGCGUCACGCGCAGGAUCGGCAUCUUCUACAACGACGACACGCAGUGGCACGGUCGCGGCGUCCCGUGAUUCGUCUCGAGGAGUGAUGGCCGGGGGUGGUCUCUUUUUUGCUGAAGAGGCCGUUCGGACCGAAUCGCGUCCGAAUGCACUCGAAAUCACGAAAGAAACGACCCACGGCCUCCUCGCCCCCCGACGCCGUCGACGCGACGCGUGAGAGGAGACGAAGACACGAAAUGCGCCGCGCAGGCACCACUCGAUGCCGCCCCUCAACAUGCCCCCCACAUAUAAAGAUUAUGAACGGGGACGGGUCUUGGUCGCCUUCAACAGCACGUGGGAGAGCCAGCAGACCGUGCCUUCCGUUGCGGAGCCCGAACCUUCGCUGCUCGUCGAGCCGGCGUGGUUCGAGGCUGUGUGGAAAUCAAAUUUCACGGCGCCUUCGUGCUGCAUCGUCGCGUCGACCUCCACGCCAUCUUCAUGAUAUCUGCUCGAUGGCGUGGAGGCUCACAAAUCCACCUGGAGGGCCGGGGAGACCUCCGCGGAGCGUCGCGGUCGCUCGACGCGGUCCGAACGGCCCCAAACUCGAAAAAGAAACCACUCUCAUGGAAGUGAGAUGGACACGAGUCGCGUCGACGGCGUGAAGGCGCCGCAGCACUCACUGGUUGAUUUCCACACAGGUUCGAGGCGACGCACACGGACUUCGAUCUGUACGAGCAGGGCUGCGAGGGCAUGGUCGGCGAGUGCACGGGCUUGUACGAGCAGGCCAUGGACCCGACGAUGUAUAUCGAUGUCAGUAAAAUUGCGGACGCGAAUAGGUGCUGACUCAGCGCCAAUUUCCUUGAAUUUCUCAACUUGAACUUUGGGAAGAUGGCGUCUUCGUGGUCUCCCGGCACCGUGACGCCGUCUUCAUGAUCAUGAGAGCGUCUGCGCGUCGCGUGAGGGAGCCGCGGCCGUGUCGCGACGGUGUCGAUCGACACAGGGACGUCUACUUCGAGACGUUCUUCAUGGCCGGCAUCCUCUCUUCCCAAAGUUACCUGCAGAUGAAGACGCUGUCGGCGGCGCUGGAGCAGAGCGAGGAGAUCAUGCAGUGGAUCAACGUCAUUUGCAGUGUGCCAAACUUCAAGUUGUGCUUCAAUUUGAGGUCUCUCGCGGUCGGAGUGACGUUCCGCUCGCUCAACUCGGUCGAUUGUAUCAGAGAGACGUCGUGUCCGAGUUUGGGCCGAAAACAUGGCCGCGGUGCCGAGAUAGCGAGACGCGACCGCUCUCACUCGGCGAGAAGUGAGGAACGCGUCGCGUCGAUGGCGUGGAGGCCUCGACGACGCUCUCCGACGCCGUCGACGCGAAGAUAAGCUUGACUCACGGGUCGAUUCCCACACAGGUCAUUAGUGCGCGGCCCAUUAGCGUGCCUUAUUUACCGUACUUUUCGAACUGCCGCGAGUGGGACUCGUACGUCGUCUUCCACAAUUUGGUGGAGAGCGAUCGGUGCGAGUUACCGCCCGAAACUACAAGAGAGGGCGCUUUUUCGGACCCGACGGCUCCGAAGCUGACGCCGUUGCGGCGCUACGCCUAUCCCCCUUUACCGCACUACGACGACGUGCAAGCGGUCAAGUUCCUGGACAUCGCGUUAGGCUUCGACAAGGUGCCGCUGGCGGACUGGUGCGAGCGGCGGGUCACGUGCAGCUACGAGGAGGUCACGACGGGCGGCUACCUACCGCUCUGGUGCGGUCCCGGCGUCCCUUCACGCCAUCGACGCGUCGUGGGUGGCUUUUCGAGAGAUUUUGAGCCAAUUCAUUCGUGUCGAGACCGCGACGCGCGCAGGUUCAACCAGCCCGACGGCGCCAUGUUGUUUCAAUUUUUGAAGCAGCCGAUCAGCUACCACCAGUACACGGGGCGGAAGCGGGAACGGAUCGGCGUGAACGAUAGGAUGCAGUGGGAGGACCUGGGGGGCGGGACCGUGCGUAGCUCGGCGUCUUGAGGUGCCCUUCACGCCAUCGACGCGACUCGGGACCGCGAUGCGGUCCGAACGGCCUCGAAAUCACGAAAGAAACCACGCUCAUGGACGUGAGGUGGCCACGAUUCAUGAAGACCGUCGUACGCCGCCGCGCAGGUGUUCUUAGUAAGAGCGCAGGACAUGGACAAUAUAAUAAACGUGGAGGUCGCGUCCGAGUUCCCGGGCGGCCUCGGGUACUCGUACUUUCCGUCGGCGUUCGUCCUCGAGAUCGGCUACAAGCAGGUGCUGACUCAGCGUCCGUUUCUGUCGAUGGCGUCGACGCGACCGCCGUCGAGUCGCGAUGCGGUCCGAACCGGACCCAUCGCCGUCUCUGAUGGCCACGAGUCGUAUCAAUGGAGCGAGAGCCACGCGCAGGUCACGAUGGCGCGCUGGAAGUACAAGGAGAUCAUCUUUGCGGUGCUCCACGUCCAGGAGAUGCAAAAUGAAAGGAGAAAUGAGGACGGCUCGCCGGUGGGACCGCCGGACUACGAGUACACUUUAGAUGUCUCCUACCACCCGCGCUGACUCAGCGUCUGUUACUAAACAUGACCCGAAGUUGAACUUUGGGAACACGCAGGCUGGACUACAUCGAGUUAAUUGUGUGGUUCGCGUUCGAAGAAAAGGUUUUCUUAAUUAUUUUUUUCAUCGCGGGUUUUCUGACGAUUCUGAUCAGUGUCAUUCUGUGGACGUCCGUUCGUUUAACGACCAUGUUGGAGAACCCGCCUCGCGUGAGGAUCUGGUCGACACUGUUAUUAAUUAUAGUGCCGCCCUUCCAGGGCGUGCUGCUGGGCUUCAUUCCCAUCUUCGUGGCGCAGAUGAGUAUGAGUUUGCUCAUCAAGCGCGGACCCGCGUCCCGCGAUCUCGGCGCCGCGUCGACGGCGUCUGGGGGCGUCGUCGAGCCCUCCACGCCGUCGACGCGACGCUAUCCUCGCUUCUCGCCGAGUGAGAGCGGUCUCGGCACCGAUGUUUUCGGCCCAAACUCGGACACGACGUCCCUCUCAUACAAUCGACCGCGUAGCGCGAACCACACCCCACGCACACCCCGAGAGACCACGAACCUUGAUUUCCACGCAGGCCGAUCAUGGCGGAGGACGCGCUCUUCGCGUUCAUCCCGGGCUACCCCGUGCGCUCGCGGCGUCCCUUCACGCCGUCGACGCGACUCGUGGCCAUCAGACGAGGUCUCUCGUCCAAUUUUGAGUGAAUUCGGACGCGAUGCGAGCGACGUCGACCGAAUCGCCUCAAAAUUCACCCACCGCCAUGAUUCCCGGACACGACCACGCCACGACCGCCAUACCCCGACGCAGGUGCGCUACGUCGUCAAGAACAUCCCCAUGGAGAUGGUCGUCGCGGGCACUGACGCAGCGUCUGUUUCCUUCAAUUUCUCAACUUGAACUUUGGGAAGAUGGCGUUCUCGCGGUCUCACGUCACCGUGACGUGCGGCAGUUUCGUGACAGUUUCGCACGCAGGCAUCUUCCACAACAUCUUCGGAAGUGGCAGUCUCAUCGGUUUGUACAUCAUGCAGACGGACGCGAACAACGCGGUCAUGGGGCUGCAGCCCGUGGAGUGGCAAGAUCCCGUCAGUGACUCAGUGUUGAAGUUGAAGUUGAACUUGAACUUGAACUUGACGUGGUCGCGGCGGUGUCGCGACGGUGUCCGUUCCACGCAGGUGAUCGACGAACCUAAGUUAAGAGCUGCGAGAAGCGGCCGCCUCGGCUUCACGUUCGUCGUCAUCGCGAUGCGGUGCUGGCAGGCGGCCUGCCAGAUGUUUUUACCCAAUAGAACUACUCAACGAGAGUUGGAUAUUCAAAAAAGACGCGACCCCGCGGCGGAGAAGGAGGAUAUAUGGAAUCCCAACGCGUGGAAGCGGUCCGCGGUCCCGCGUCCGGGAUGGGGGUGCUGCGGUGCCUUCGUCUCCAUCGCACGAUGCCGUGGGUGGUUUCUUUUUCGAUUCUGAGGCCAUUCGGACCGUUUCCAGUGAAUCGAGUCGCGUCGAUGGCGUGGAGGCGCCUGUACACGUCAAAACGCGGAGAUCACACCCGGGUCGCGCGCAGGUCGAACCUCAUCUUCACGAGCUUCACGAUGGGCCUCUUCUGCUGCGUCGUCGCCGAGUUCUCGUACUGGCAGUACUUCGGGACGUACAUCUGGUUCGUGAUCAUUGGACUCAGGCCGCUGGGGCAGUUCCUCUGCGCCAUCGUGGAAGAGCAGCUCCAGGAGGCGCUGCUGGUCAUGCCGGUGAUGACGGCGUUCGACAUGACCUGUGGUGUCAUUACGCUGUCGUGUGACGACUUCGUCGACUUCAUGGUGCUGACUCGGUGUGUUGAACUUCAACUUGAACUUGCCGGGGUCGCGGCGAUGGCGUGCCGGCGAGAGCUACACUACCGCCACGCCGUCGCCGCGUCGCCUCGACGCCGUCGGCGUGGCCGUCAGGGAGUCUACGCGUCUCGCGCGAGAGCCGCGGCGGUUUCGCGAUUGUAUAUGUGCCACGCAGGGCGGGUAUUUUAUUGAAUUGGGCAUGGGCCUCUGCGAGCAGGUCUACUUCGACCCGGCCCUCGUCGAUAUUAUUGAUGGGGCCUUUUAUUACUGGAACGAGCUCAAGGCGAAGACAUUAAAAUUGUUGCCGAAGUGGAUUAUUGGCGCUGACUCAGCGUGAUUUCCUUCAAUUUCUCAACUUGAACUUCGCGUCGAUGGCGUCGACGCACCGCUUCGACGCCCUCUUCAUGAUCGUCAGAGCGUCGACGCCUCUCGCGUGGCAGUUUCGCGACGGUGUCCGUGCCACACAGGUUCUUCCGCAGAACAGGCGGCGGAGAAGAGCGAGGAGCAGAAGACCGCGAAGAGGGAUCUCGAAGGAGCAGUGGCCGAGGGCGGCGAGACCGUCGAGCCGAUCCUCGACGCGUUCGGCGCCUACAGCACGUGCGCGAUGUUCACGGUCUACAACGUGCGGCUCGCGGCGUCUUGAGGUGUCGCGGUGCCUUCACGCCAUCGACGCGCGUCGUCUCCGUCAGACGAGGCCGUUCGCAGGUCUUCGUCCUCCUCAUCCUGAUCGGUUUCCGGGAAGAGGUCCAGAUGACGAAGCUCUACAACAUCAAAAAUAAUGACAUGCUGUAUUUCCUACUGUUUUCCGUGGUUUUGAUCCCGUUCCAGUUCAUCGCGGACGUGUUCACUUUGAGUGCUGACUCAGUGUCUUUUCUCUCGUUUUCCGAACUUCAACUUUGUGAAAAUGGCGUCUGCGUGGUCUCACGGCACCGCGACGCCGUCGAUGUGGCCGUGAGAGAGUCUACGCGUCUCGCGAGGGCCGUUUCGUGACGCGAUCGUUCGACGCAGGCGUGUUGGAGCUCUUCCACGGCUGGAAGAUCUACGACUACCUGAUUUAUACGCGCUAUCGCUUCCUGCAGCGCGAGACGCGGUGGAAGGGUCUCGAGGAUAGUUUAGAUGAGUGCAUCGACGAGUCCGUGCGCACGCUCGACCAGAUGUGCUUCUCGUCGCAGUACUACAUGAUGAUGACGGUGCUGACUCAGCGUCAAAAGUGAGAGCUGUCGCGCCCGCCACGUCUUCGUGGAGACGCGUCCGUCGCGUCUCGUCGCGCGAGCGUCGCGUCGCGACGCGUCUCGACGCAGGUGCAAGUGAACGGCAUCAUGAUGUUCAUCUUCGGCAUGCAGAUGAUGGUCCAGGCCCAGUACAACGUCCGCGGCCGUGUCGACUCAGAAUCGAAAAAGAAACGAGCCACGACCUCGUCUGAUACACACGACGCGUCUCGACGCCCUGGAACCGCGAAAACACCGCGUUCCGCGCAGGUUUUUGGGGACCAGAUGAUGCCGUUCAUCUACAUGAUGACGAUCAACAACUGCCAGGCGCGGCCCCGGCGUCGUAUCUCGCCCUUCACUUCAUUAAUACGACUCGUGUCCAUCGCACGAUGCCGUGAGUGGCUUCUUUUUCGGUUUCGCGUGAAUUCGGACUUUGACGGAAAUGCUCCACACAGAUCAUCAACGCGAUCAUCAUGAAGCUCGCGAUCUACAUGAAGCUGUGGCGCGUCAAGCACGAGAACACGGCGUGGCACACGGCGCUGCAGGAGAGCGACGAGUUCGAGGUCCGUGACUCGGUGUUGAACUUCAACUUCUCAACUUGAAGUUGCGUGAUUGUGUGUCGUGUUCCGCAGGUCCCCGGAUGGGAGGACCUCAAGGGCGGCAGCCACGACGCGUUCAUGAUGAAUCAAAGGAUUACGUCCGAGACGUUUCGGUUCAAGUUCCUGAACUACAACCGCGCGUGGCUUAUUAAUCAGCUGCCGUCCAUCCUCACGCCUCGGACGUUGAGGAGGAGUAGGCCCUACCUCAUUAAUCAAUUUACACGUAUCCUGAACCAGCUGAACCAGGACAUUUCUUCCGAUUCCGAAGACGAUGGUCGUAAAUUUGGCCCUGUAGCUUUAAAAGCGAACAGCCGGCAGAUCAUCCGGUGGUGGCUCGCGCAAGCUCGAAGGCGCAUGCGCCUGCGGGAGGUCGUCCAACCCCUCAUAAGCAAAGCGAGAGGCACGCAGUGCGAGAACUGCCUCAGUCGCAGGCAGUUACAAGUAACUUGUGUCAUUCCGCUCGAAGUGCUCGCGGCGCAGUUCGACGCGGAGAACGCGGAUCAAGAGUUCGACCAGGUGCUGCCUCGGCGUCCUUGAUACGAGAAUGGUUUCUUUGUCGACUUUGAGCGAAUUCGGGCGAUCGCGACGCGAUGCGGCCCAAAUUCGGACCCGAGACCACCCACGUCAUGCUGAGAUGGCCACGAGUCGCGUCUUCAUGAAGAGAGCGCCCGAACACCGCGGCAACGCGCGAAACCGUCGUUUCUCGCAGGUCGCGUGGAAGACGUUCUGGAUCAAGAGCCAGCGGUACCGGACGAUCUGCAUGGCCUGCGUGGCCAAGCAGCGCGACGAGGAGCGGGCGGGGGGUGUUAAACAACAAGAAGAGUUAUCUGACGAUGAACCGGACGGUCCGCAGUGGGGCCCCGUGUUUUUGUCGCCCGCCGCGCGGGCUAUUUUGAUUGGAUGGCACCGGAGGGCCGCCGAGCGGUUGUUCGGGAAGGGCGGCAAAAGGAGACAAGCGGCGGCGGCCGAAUUAUCAGAUGACGACGACGCCCCGGAGUUCGGGCGGCGGUUCGGGGAAGUUGCUUUAGAUGCGGCGUCGCGGGCGAUUGCCGUCUACUGGUUGCGGUCGGCGCGCGCGAACCUACAGAACCAGGGCGAUGCGGGGAAGCCCGCCGUCAAAAGAAAGCGGCCCAAAAAGGGCGAAGGUAGGGAGGCGAAGAGUCGCAAGGCGAAGAAGUAGCGCGCGUGGCGGUUCGGGAUCACGCCGUGGCGCCAGCAGGAGGAGGCAGCCAACGGUCGCGAGCACGACUAUGGCUAUAUGAUCGGUGCGCGAGUAGCAUGAUCAGUGUUUAAGAACACAUAUUGUUAUAACCCUAGUUCCUAAGCCGAGAGUAGUCCACGCAGAAGGCAAGCCCCUGCGCCAUCGGGCAGGCGCUAUCGGGGCGCCGCCACGCCCAAGAUGGACACGGGCGCGAGGGCGUUCGUCGCGUCUUCGUGCAAUCGGUCGACGGCGAGGCCCAUUUGAUCCGCGGUUUCUAGGAAGUGGUCGAGCUGCGACUCGCCGCUCAAGAACGAGGCGACGCGGCGGUGCUGGUGCGCUAAUAUAGCGGGCGCGCCCAGCGCCUUCAGCGUCGCACAGAGCCGGUCGUGCGCGUCGCGGUCGUAGGUCACGUCCGAGCCGACCACGAGCUCGGGCGCCCACUCCACGGGCUCGCCCCAGCCGUGGCGCUGUACAGAAACAUCGCAAUUCAAAUGAAGACGGUUCGCAUCGACGUUGCGCCGCGCGAGCUGCAGCAGGCCCUCGCUCCCUCCUUCGGUCAAGAGCACUGACGACGCGUUCAGCGCCGCGGCGCAGGUGAGGCCCGUCGCGCCGGUCCCGCAGCCUAGUUCGAGGACGGCUUUGCCACGCACCGUUCCCGUCCGGGCGAGGUAGCGGCAGAGCGCGGCGGACGCCGGCCAGACGCGGCCGCCCGUGCCGAUGCCCCGCGUCCAGCCCGGCGCGUCCAGCGUCAAGUGGUCGCCUGAUGGUAGUAAAGGUAGGCCGUGCGGACCAUUUGACUGGAGCGGUGGCGCGAGCGCGGGCUUGAGCGCUGCUGCGCUGCUGCUGAGGCAGAGCAACCACACGUACAGUGGUGGCGCGAGUGUUGGUUUGAGCGCUGCUGUGCUGCUGAGGCAGAGCAACCACACGCACAGCGGUACGGCCGUGCUCGGCAUCCUGAGAGGGGGCUGCAGGGCUGUGCUGUGGCAAUACGCAGCGAUGCUGGUCAGCGUUUCGGCAUAUCAAACGCUGGAUUUGUUUGCAGCAAUGCGGGUGCCAGGCAGCCCAGAGAGCACCGAAAAGGCCGAAAUGCAACCAGCGCGAAAAAGUGCAGCUAGCGUCCUGUAAGGCACUAGCAUGCUCUCCCAAUUACCUCGCAGCUCGCUGCAGCACCAAACGCUCGUGUUCAGGACUCGCUGCUGGACUCUGGACACAUAUCAUCGCUGCCGGCUCGCUUUUGCCACCUCGCACUGCUCGCG